UCCAGACAAGAGGAGUGAUCAACCUGAGAGUUUAAACCCAGCAGAGAGCCGGCAGACACACACUACAACAGCUGUUCAGUGCUGAGGAAACCCUGAUGAGCUGUAGCGGAGAGCAAAGCUGAGGCAGAAGUCCUUCUGAGAUGUUGACACAUGAAAAGCAGGGCUUACUAAAGAAGACGCAGCCCAGGACGUUGUUUCUCAGGACAGAGCUGAAAGGGUGGGUAUAACGCAGACCAGACUGUUUUUCCACUCCCUCCUCACCCUGCAACCUUUCACCUCUCAGCCCUUGUCCAUCAGCCCCCACCCCCCACAGCCAAACCCUCAGCACACUGACCGGAGCUAUUCUCCUGUCUCCAGUGGAUCUCCUUCACAGACAUUAAGUUAAACAUUACAGGUCACCAGUGGCAGCAGCUGUGUCGAUGGAAGCUUCAACCCUGGCUCAGAUGGGGGACUUGUGUCACCCAAGAUCCCCCUCUCCAGAGGGGGAGACAGUGUGUGCGGCUUUAGCUCGUUAUGAGAACACCCUCCGAGAUGCCAUCAGAAAGAUCCACGUCGAUGUCAGCAGUUUUAAGUUUGGUAUGGAACGUCGUUUGGAGGAGACGGCGAACAUGAGCGGCCCCCUUGGACAAGCUGUGGCUCAGCUCCAGCAGGAGAACCGACAGCUCAGGAGUCAGCUGGAGGCUCUCACGCAACAAGUGGAGCUCCUGAGUGGCCUCCAAUGUGACAGGAGCCUCUUAACGAACAGUAACCACAAGAAUGACCUCCAUGACAUACAGGAGAGCCAUCGGGGUGUGAGGGAGGUGAUCUACGGGAAGGGUGAGGCUCACACACACAGCCAGGCUCAUCUCUGCAUCCAGACAAACCAAACGCAGACGUGCAGCAACCUAAGCAACCAGUCCAGCCCUUCAUCACCCUCAGCCAUCUUCCCAUUCUCCCCCAGCUCCAGCAGUCCUCCUGCUGGCUCCAGAGGUUCCUCUCUGGUGAUGAGUCCAGGGUCCAGCAGCAGCCCCUCCAUCACCCGCUUCUCCAGCCGAGCCACCUUCGCUCUGUCCAGCAAAGCCAACAGCAUCGAACGAGAAGAGCCGAUAGAAGCUGAUCCAGCACCAGUACAUACUGGACAGGAAAACGGACAUGCUGCUACAACAGAACAUUCAGUGUUGGUCCACGGAAAGAUCUCUCCACCCACUGACUCCCCACACGAGCACACAGCGCCGGUCGCCAUGCGAAUGCCCCACCUCCCAAUCACAGCUAUGACCAAGACAGCAGAGAUCCGGGGUUCUCCUGCACCUUCCAGCCCUGUUGGCUCUCUGCCCUCUACAGGUUGUGAAGCUUCCCCCACCAGCCAGUUAACCCCCAGCACCUUCCAGCCCCAAUCCAUAGACGAGUCUCCAGUUACAGCAGUAUCUUCUGUCAAGACUUGGGCCCCUACACCAGCCAGACCUCUGGGAUCUCCAAGUCUUCAGGCUGAGAAAGCAAAUUCAGCUCCUGCUAAGUCUGUGACGUAUUCUGGGCUGCUGCAGCAGGACAGAGAUGGCGACGUCAGCUGUGACAAGUCCUUCAGUCAGGCUGGAGAGAGGAGGCGGGAGCUGGUGAGGUCACAGACUUUGCCUCGAAACAUCGGCGCUCAGGCUCGUCGAUCCAUCUUCGAACGUCCAGACACAGAGGCCAACAACAGUCAUCCUAAAGCAGUGACUUUGAAGCGAUCUCAGAGUUUUGGGGUAUCCAGCGCCAGCAGCAUCAAGCAGAUUCUUCUAGAGUGGUGCCGCUCCAAGACCAUAGGCUAUCAGAACAUCGACAUCCAGAACUUCUCGUCCAGUUGGAGCGAUGGGAUGGCUUUCUGCGCCCUGGUCCACUCUUUCUUUCCCACUGAGUUCGACUACAGCUCUCUGUCCCCCACCAACCGCAAACACAACUUUGAGCUGGCCUUUAAGACUGCAGAAGUGAAGGCAGGCUGUGACCGGCUCAUUGAGGUGGAUGACAUGAUGAUCAUGGGACGUAAACCAGACCCCAUGUGUGUCUUCACCUACGUCCAGUCCCUCUACAACCACCUGCGCAAGUUUGAGUGAAGCUCACAAGCCCUCAGAUCAGUUAAAGUGGCACCGAGAGGAUUUAGGAAAGUCUGUGUUGCCCCCUCGUGGUAGAUUAUUAUAUUUUUCUGUAAUUUGUCCAUUGGAAGCUGAGAUUACAAAGACCAUGGGACAGCUGCUGUGCUUUAGAAAUUUUUGCUAUUACUACAUGUUCGUAAGUGACUAUCCACACCAAACCAGACUUUGCACCAGAAACUCUGAAAACUGAAACUACAACAUCUGAGCAAUUCAAUUAUGCUGUGCUGUGUGAUAUUGUGUUAUUGGGAUGAUAAGGGAAAUGAAACCAAUAAAAAUGUGCUGUAUACAUGAA